AUGGAGGGACAAACGAUUAGAACUGAUAUUUUUGAAUAUGAUAAAGCGUUUCUUGGCUAUAAGAGUCGCAAUAAUGAUCAUCAGUUAUUAUCUCUAUUAAAUCACUCAUUCUUAAAAGAACUUGAAAGUGAUGGCUUGUUUCGUCGUGAGGAUCAACCAACUAUAGUCGGCGAUAUUGGCUGUGGAGACGCAGAUGCAAUUAUCCGUUACCUGCAAAAUGUAGAAUUUAAAGGAGGAUUAGAUAUUAGAGCUAUAGACAAACAUCCAGUGUUUGCCGGUAUCGAUCAAUCUACAGAUGAGAAAGGAAAUAGCAAAAAGGAAAAAGGCCUAGCAGAAGAAAAUUUCUCCAAGGUUGAACAAGCACAGACUAUCCCAUUAAAGAGUUUUCAAGUUAAAUAUGGCGAUAUUUUGCAGGAUGAUGUUGUGCAGUUACUGCUUCGAGAUGAGGAAAUGAAAACUUCAAUGAAUCGAUUUAAUCUUGUCUUUAUGUCUCAUGCAGUCUACUACGCCCGUGGCCAACAUAAAAAUGGUCGCUAUGGCGUGACCAAUCUUGUAGAUAGCGUUGCAAGCAAUUUAUUGUCAGACGAUGGCGUUGCAAUACUAUUCCAUACUAGCCUUUCACCAGUUCCUCACUCAUAUUUGGCAAGAGCUUACUAUACUAGAGGGGUAAUUGAAAAUGAGACUCCAACCGAGGAAGAAUAUAAGAGUUUAUCGGUUGAUUACAUCAUUAGGAGCUCGUGCAAUGAAUUAGGAUUAACUUAUUUUGAGAUACCGUACACGUUUAAGCUAUUCCAAUCUAAGGAAUAUAAAAAAUACAGUGAUAUCUACAAAGAUCCCAGCAGAUAUCACGAAUUGCAGGGCAAUGCUAUCGCCCUACAGGGUUUGUACGCUACCAUAUUUAUUGGUCACCGCUCACCGGAUAAUAUGCACGCUGAUCAAUCUCCUCGUGGACUAAACCAUGUUGUGGACAAAGUGAUUGAUGCUAUAGACAAUAAUGAUGGCUUUGAAGUAGUUUCGUGUAUGCAAAUCAUCCUAAGCAGAAAAGCAAGCGAUGAAUUUAAGCAGAAGAUUGAAAAAGCUGUGAAAAUAUGUCAGAAUAAACUUUGUGACUCGUAG